AUGGAGCACUCGAAUGGUAAUCGUAAGCCCAGUACAGAUCAGCCCGAGUCACCUCAUCCACAGUCCUCGGCGAUGAUGGGCUCGUCGGAGGGAUGGAGCAGCAAACGGAAGCUCUAUGCCAUCGAGGAGCGCGAGGAGGGCUCGCCGGUGACUGUGGGCAAGGCGGAGGCUGAUCUGGCCUACGAUGCGGAUGUGGACGAGCUGGAGCAGCUGGAGCAGCCGACAGGUGAGCGGGAGAUCAUCUACGAGCUGUUCCAGCCCUGGGCCCUCAGCACAUACGGCGAUCAGGCCAAGACCAAGACGAUAACGCUGCGCAAGAAGGCGCGAAUUCUUAAGGCGCUGGAGGGCAAGGAGCACAGUCGCCCAGAUAGCUCCAAGUUUCGCUUCUGGGUCAAGACAAAGGGCUUUACCACCAACCGGCCCGAUGGCUUUGAAGAGGCUCCCGGCAGUCGGCGACGCCUGAAACCCCUUCCCAGCUCAGCCAUCCUGUCGGAUAAUCCCGGCGAUGUGGACCUCUUUGCCGCAUCCACCAGCAAGGGAUUCGGUCGCCGGACUUACCGCAAGGUGGCCUGCGUGGAGGAGUUCUUUGACAUCAUCUACAAUGUGCACAUGGAACUGGGGGGCCGCAGUGGAAUGCACGCGGGCCAGAAGCGCACCUACCGCAUUAUCACUGAAACCUACGCCUUCCUGCCCCGCGAGGCGGUCACCCGCUUCCUGACCAUUUGUCCCGAGUGCAAGAAGAACCUGCGACCCUCCUCACCAUCGGGGGGCGGAAAGGACUCGGACCUGGCCGGCAACGAGAGCUCCUCGGAAGUGGAGAACUGCCUGAACUAUUCAUCGCACACGGAGAGCUCGCUGGAGGCGGGACCCACGGCCAAACGCCGUCGGCACUCGAGCGCCGACCUCAAAGUGGUUUCCGGUGGCUUGGGCAUUUCUGUGGGUGGUGCCGCUAUUGCCAGCAGCUCCAGUGCCACUCAGCUGGAUGUCCUGGGCACAGGACCGCCCCAAAGCCGCAGCCCCAAGCCACCGCAGGCGGUACAGGCGGCUGUUGAAAGCACGCCAAAAAUCCGGGUCAAGACCCAGUUGCAGCGUCCGCCGAGUCCGCUAGAUCAGUCCCCUGCUGCCCCGAAUAUCAAUCUCCAAUCUCUAACCCAAUCCCAAGCCCAUCCCCAACCCGGUAGCCAGUGCUUUGAUGUACAGCUGCUCAAGUCGCGGGAUAAUCUCCUGAGAUACUAUGACUUUAUGAGGCGCUUCUAUGCCGGCGAACCGGUUUUAGCACCGCCCAUCUACGGCAGCAGCCUGUUGCAGAGCCUCAGCUAUCCAACAACCACCGCCAUCUCAACCGCGGCCACAGCAACCCCUACUACCCCUACCGCCACCACCUCAGACCCUGGCAAGAUGCUGGCCCCUCCCAAGGCCGCAUCGCCGCCGAUCAAGACCUCUCCGGACAGCUCAGUGCGGGCACGAUCUCCUUCCCUUGCAGAUUCCACAGCCAGGCCUAGGGAAAAUCCCCAUACCCCAAUAAAUCUAACAAAAUCUAUAUUUUCCAGCCUGAAAACCGGUCAUCCGGCAUCCACAUCGACCCCGGUGCAACUGAAACUGGAACUGCCCAGUCCGCCGAAACCACUGCCGGAGCUUCGAAUUCCCCAACUGCGAGGAUUGCCUCCUGUGGAGCUAUCCCUGCCCCUGCCACCGUUGGAUUUGGAGCGCCUGAAGCCCAUCACCUCGACUUACUUGCAGUUGACACGCAGCAUGGGACUCAGCGAUGAGGAUGCCUUGCGGUUCGACAACCUGGAAACUAUUCCGGCAACACCGGUCGUGAGCACCGACACCGCCGCCAGUGUGGUUGGUGUGGGCGUAGGAGGCGUCGCCGGAGGAGGGGCAGGAGCUAGUGCAGCAGGCGGAGCGGUGGGCACCGGCGGCCUCCUGGGCGAGGUGGUCAGCGGACUGGGCGGUGGCCUGGUCAGCGAAUCGGAGGCCUACGCCGGUCUGAUGAAGGACGCCGACAAGUUGAAGCUGAUGCUACUGGCCUGGAACUACCAGAACUCCACGGCGGUGCGAAAUGGGACCGAGGGUCCCGACCUAAGCGUGGUGGGUGGUCUGUGGGCCCAGUACCAGAACGCUUUGGCCCAAAAUGCGGCAGCAGCGGCGGCGGCCAGCGGCAAGAUGGACAGCUCGCUGUCGCCGGUGCCGCGGCAGGAUGCCCACUCGCCCAUGGAAACGCAGGACGAGACAAACUCGUCCGGCCAGAAGGAGGAGGACGAGGUGUCCGAGGACGACUCCGACGACAAGCUGGACGAGAAGCUGGCCACCACACACGAUCCUGAGCGGCUCAAAGCCUUCAAUAUGUUCGUGCGACUGUUCGUCGAUGAGAAUCUCGAUCGCAUCAUACCCAUCUCGAAGCAGCCCAAGGAGAAGAUCCAGGCCAUCAUCGACUCGUGCGCCCGGCAGUUCCCGGAGUUCAGCGACCGCUCCCGCAAACGAAUACGCACCUAUCUGAAGUCGUGCCGGCGCAACAAGAAGACCCGCGACGGAUGGGAGAAUACGACCCGACCCACUCCCGCCCAUCUGACGUCCGUGCAGGCGGAGCAGAUCCUGGCCAUCGCCUGCGAGAACGAGUCGAUGAACGCCAAGCGGAUGCGCAUCGGCCUGGAGCCCAUCACGCAUGCCGUUCCCGCUCCCGGAAGUGCGGUGGCCGCAGCAGCGGCUGCAGCGGCGGCCGCAGCGGUGGCGGCUGCCACAAGUUCGGGCGCCGGUGGCACCAUCACCACGACCGCCGGCAAUGCCACCGCGACCUGCGGCAUGGGCGGUGUGGCGGACGCCGCCGGACUGACCAGCGUGGCGGCCUCCGCCCUUCCGUUCGUCAGCGCCGUCGGCUUCGCCCGCUCCACGCCCAACUCGGAGCACGCGGACGUCCUGCCCUUUGGUGGGGCAGUUGGCACUGUGGGCGGCAGCGGGGGCGGUGGUGCCGCCGGCGGAGGCGGUGGCGGGAUGAGCUCGGCGCGCAGCUCCCCGCUGGCCCUCAGCUCGAAUGCCAGCGUGAGCGGCGGCGCCAGCGUCACCGGGCUGACCCUGGCCAAUGGGGCAGGUGCCUCCAACGGCGCCGGACUGCCGGCCAGCAGUCCGUACACCACGGACUUCAGCUCCCCCUCGACGGCCUCGCCUUUCGUCGCCGCAGCAGCGGCCGUCGCCGCCGGCCGGGCUCCCAGCUAUCCCGGUUACUUUCCCGGAGUGGCUGGCCUGGGAAAUGUCACGCCCACCGAUCUCUCGAUGAAGCCGACCAGCCUGUCCAGCGGCCUCGGCGGCAACUUGGUCAGCAACAACAACAGCAACAGCUCCGUGGCCGGCAACAUCAGCUCGCAGCUGAGUGCCGCCAACUUGGCCACCCUGAGCAAUGCGAACAACAACAACGCAUUGGUCACAGCCACCCAGCAGUUGCAGCAACUCCAGCAGCAGCAACAACAGCAGCAGCAACAGCAGCAGCAGCAGCAGCAACAGCAGCAGCAGCAACAACAACUACUGGUGGCCGGCGGCGGGGGCAUGGACGGGCAGUCCGUCCGAGCGCCGCCCAUCCUGCCGCACAAGCUGAGCGCCAACGAGGUGACCGCCGCGCGGCAGGUGAUAUCCGCGUACCGCGAGAGUGCCGCCUUCCUGCUCCGCACCGCCGACCAGGUGGAGCAGCUGCUCGUCCAGCAGCAGUAGGCGUGGCCCGGGGACCGAGCGGGGUUGUUCCUAUUUUAAAUUAAAUUUAAAAUGAAUUACACACACACACACACACUACAAACCAAAUGAGACACACACACACAGACACAAAAGCCAAACUAAGCGAAAAUAGUCAAACCAUAUAGCGCAAAAGCAGAGACGGGGUUAAACUGGCUCACUGGAUGCAGGGCAGAACCAUAUGUAGUUAAAGAAGUUCGUUCAAACAAAACAUUUCAAGUGUUUUUUCCUCCAACUACGUACAGCAUAUUUAAAAUAGAACUUAACGAUAAACAAAAACCAAAUGAAAUAUCAAAUAUCACAACAGUAAAAUAGUAGAGCUGCUACAGUUAGCUGACUUGGUUCUAGCCAAAAUUCGAGAUAUAUACUUCUUUGAAGCCUACGAUUUCGGUUUCCAUAGGCAUUAAAAAGUAUCCACUCUUCGGAUGGUUUCAAUGGAUUCUUCCGAACUCUUCCGUGUACUUUUCUUCAAACUAAUUCCUUGAAAAAAGAUCGACGUUAGAUACAAUUCAGAUAGCAAGGCGGCUCUAGUAAAAAAAUAAAACCAAGCAGCAGUUCAACGUACUACAGUGUCUACUAAAAGUAAACCUACAAUAGCCAUACACAAACACUCGCAUUGAUUUUGUUUCAACUUUUUAUUAUCGCAUAUUUUUGGACUCUCGUCCUUUGGAGAGCCGCAGAUUCCGGGCCCGAUUUUAAUGUGCGCGAUUUGUUAAAAAAAUUUUAAAUAUAAUAAAUAAGUUGAAGUAUUGUUGUAAAUUUUAAGAAAAACGGAUAAAACGAAAAAAAAAUGAGAAAAAAAUCGUAAAACUAUGAGAAAACACAGGGUGAUACUUUGAAAAAUUAUUACAAUGCAUAAGCUAAAAAUUAAUAAAAGAAAAUGUAAAAAAAAUUUAUGGAAAUGAAGUAAGGCAUAGAUGUUGGUAAAUGUGUAUUUAAAGUUUAGAAAUUACAUUUGUAUACUGUUUCCAGGAUUUAUUGUUCUUGAUUACUAUCAAUUGAGUUUGUUUCUUAUCUUAUUUCCGUUUUAUUAAGUGUAUAUAAUUUUAAAGUGUUUAUUCUGAGACCGUUUAGGUUUAACUGUUGCUUUUUACUCACAUUCGAUUAUUAAAUAGAUACGGAAUAAAAUAUUUAAAUACGAAAUAGCCAUUCAUGUUUUUUGCAAAUAUAAAUGUGCAUGUAAAAAUAAGAAAACACUUACACAAACACAAAGAAACACAUGGAACAUCGGUAUGUAUGAGAGAUCCGCUAUGCAAGGCAAAUUAUAGAAUUUAAUUAUAUAAAUUAAUUGCUAAAAUUAUUUAACCACAAAUAAUUAUUGACUAAACCUAAAUAAAUACUCCAAACGAACUUGAUAAAUGGCUUGUAAGCAGGAGAAAUAUUUAUACGGAAUACUUAAAUAUAAUGUAAUGUGUGGCAUUUGCAUUGAAGAGUAAACUAAUUAAACUAACACGGGGGCAACACAAAUGAAACAAGACAUUUUAAAAAUCGAAUUAAUAAAGAAUU